GCCUGCCCUCAAGAUGCUUCAGCCGAUACCACUCGUCCACUCUGCCCUAGCAGUCAAGGAGGCAGACAAGAUGUCUGCAGCACAGUGAAACCUGGCAGCGUCAAAGUGCAUGCAAGAGAUCGCGGUUCGUGGUUUCAUCAAGCUCAUCGAGUACGCCCUGAGCACCAUGGACGGGCCGCUGCAGAUGCCUCACAAGUGAAAGGACAUGGUGUACUACACGACCCUUGGUUCAGGCACCUCCAAGGCGAAGACCUUCAUGGAGAAACCGUCGACCGUCCUAACCAAGUUCAAGAGCUACAAGGCCGAGUACACGAAAGUGUGGCUCUGGCUUGACACGAACGACAAGAACACAUAGUCUGAGCUGCCGUCUGGGACCAACACUCAGGACUCCCUAGAGGAGCUCAACGACGCCAUGUGGUUCGAGUCGGACAUGUACAAGCGGGACAAGGCUAGAUCGGACAAGGCAGACGCUGAGGUUGCGGCUUUCUUCUCUCGGGGGGCGGCGGGGAGCGUCGACCCCGCCGGCUCCCCAGCCGGCUCCCCCGCUACCGGGGCAGGCACCGGGGAGAGCGUUGACAGAGCAGGGAGUCCACCUGCAGGUCAGUGACCGGCGGCGCAAGCGGCGUUGGCUGAGAUGGAGGUCCGCCAGGAACCGAGAGGUACGCCGAUGUCGUUGGCCGCCGCCGCCGCCGCCAAAAUCCGCCGGGAACAGGAGCGAGAGCAGGAUAGGGGCGGGGACGAGGGCGAGAACGAGGGCGAGGAGGUGCCUGAGUGGUGGGUCUUCCCCUUCCUGCUUCUCACAGCGGCGUACAGCCCGUGGAGCGGUCAGGCCCCGUCGGAGUGGAAGCACCUCGACUCUUCGGACGGGCCGUCUAUAAAGCGGAAGGGCGGGGACGUCACCGUGGACUCUGAAAACCCCGUGUGCAGCCCCGCGGUGAUGUCUCGCCUUAACCCCAACGGCGACGCUUUGAGCCGAAGCAGCAGGAGAGGAAAGCAGCGGCCGACAAGGAACUACAAGAAGCCCGGAAGGAAGCCCUUGAGACGAAGAAAAAGGGCCUGGCCGCCUUGGAGGCUGCGAACACACAUAUCGAAACCAUAGGCGCGAACAUGAAGAGGAUGGUCGAGCUUAAGCAGGCGGAGGCUGUGGGCAUCAAGCGUGAGAACAAGAUCAAGGCUCUCGAGAAAAGAAUUAUGCUGCGUCUGGGGGAUGAGACAGAGAACUGAGCGGAGCUCGAGUUCUUGCUAAACGAGUUUUUGUCAUCCCAUUACAGUUGUCUUGCGUGUUGGCAUGUGAUCGUUGUUCAAAGAAAGGCGGUUGCGUGUUCAUCAUCUCGGUGUAUUUUUGAAACAAAAGGCGCAAUAGAAUACCAACUCUUUCGCACGCGACCAACAUGCAGGGAGGGGGGAAGGGCGGG